AGCGCGGGCUGGAGGGUGGGAGGGAGGGCGGGCGAGGGGAGAGGACUGAGCACCCAGGCCCGGACAGGCCCGGCCGAGGGGCGGCGGCGAAAGGCAGAGCGCCGCGAUCUCUGUCAGGAAGCGCAACCUCCCCGGGCCCCGCGGGGCCGCGCAGGGGACGUUCUCAAUCCCGCGUCCGCUCCCUCUUUCCAUCCCCUGCCGCCCGCAGGCCACCCCGGGGCCCGGCUAUCCGCGCGCGCGUCCUCGGGCUCGGGCCCGUCCCCGGCCCUCGAGGGAGCCGCCGCCUUCAUCUACACCUCUGCAGCGGCCGCGCCAGAGGCCGCCCGGGCAGGACCCCGGCGUGAGCAUCGAGCGCCCCCCAAGGAGUGCACGACCCCCGGAGCCGCCCUCAACACGGACCGCGCCCGCUGGGCACACAAGAAUGGUCACUCAGAUACUCGGGGCCAUGGAGUCUCAGGUGGCGGGGGGCCCGGCCGGCCCGGCCCUGCCCAACGGGCCACUCCUUGGUACAAAUGGAGCCACUGAUGACAGCAAGACCAACCUCAUCGUCAACUACCUGCCCCAGAACAUGACCCAGGAUGAGUUCAAGAGUCUCUUUGGCAGCAUUGGUGACAUCGAAUCCUGCAAGUUGGUUCGGGAUAAGAUCACAGGGCAGAGCCUUGGUUACGGGUUUGUGAACUACUCUGAUCCCAACGAUGCAGACAAAGCCAUCAGCACCCUCAACGGCCUCAAACUGCAGACGAAGACCAUCAAGGUGUCCUAUGCCAGACCCAGUUCUGCAUCCAUCCGUGAUGCUAACCUAUAUGUCAGUGGACUCCCCAAGACCAUGAGCCAGAAGGAAAUGGAGCAGCUCUUCUCCCAGUAUGGCCGCAUCAUCACUUCCCGCAUCCUGGUGGACCAGGUCACAGGCGUCUCUCGGGGUGUGGGAUUCAUUCGCUUUGACAAGAGGAUCGAGGCUGAGGAGGCCAUCAAAGGACUGAACGGGCAGAAGCCGCUGGGCGCGGCGGAGCCCAUCACGGUCAAGUUCGCCAACAACCCAAGUCAGAAGACUGGCCAGGCCCUGCUCACUCACCUCUACCAGUCAUCAGCCCGACGCUACGCAGGCCCCCUACACCAUCAGACGCAGCGCUUCCGGCUGGAUAACUUGCUCAACAUGGCCUACGGAGUCAAGAGUCCCCUGUCGCUCAUCGCCAGGUUCUCGCCCAUCGCCAUCGACGGCAUGAGUGGCCUCGCGGGCGUGGGCCUGUCGGGGGGUGCGGCAGGCGCUGGCUGGUGUAUCUUCGUGUACAACCUGUCGCCGGAGGCGGAUGAGAGUGUGCUGUGGCAGCUGUUCGGGCCCUUUGGGGCGGUCACCAACGUCAAGGUCAUCCGCGACUUCACCACCAACAAGUGCAAGGGCUUUGGCUUCGUCACGAUGACCAACUACGACGAAGCGGCCAUGGCCAUUGCCAGCCUCAACGGCUACCGCCUGGGUGAGCGCGUGCUGCAGGUGUCCUUCAAGACCAGCAAACAGCACAAGGCCUGAGCCACGGCCGCCCGCCCUCCCCACCCUCCCCGGGCAGCAGAGAGAGAGAGAGAGAGAGAGAGGGGCCCCGAGAGAGACAGCGCAGGCAGACCACCGACGGCACGAGGGCCCCGCGUCCCUACGGAAGCCACAGGGUGAGCACUUGGGGUGGGGGGGAGAGUCUGCAGGGAAUGGGGGGGUGCCUGGGGGUCCCCCACCCCAUCCUCCUGUCCCCACCCCAGGCUGGGCUGUUCACUCUCUCGUCUUGGUUUUGUUCAUGGCGAUGGUUUUUGUUUCUUUUUUCGGCUAAAAAGAAAGCAGAGAUGUGCCCCCACCCCACCUUCAACCACCCUCCACGGGAUGGCUUUGCAGGGGUGCUGGGGUGCGCUCCCAGACCCCCCUGCCCAGGCCUCCCCAACACCUAGAUGAGCCUGAGGGGAGGGGGGACAGGUUUAAAAAUCCCCAAAAAAACAAAACGGAGGAGGGGUGUGGGCAUCCCUGGCCCAGAGCCCCUGGAUGGAGUAUGAGGUGCAGGGGGAGGGGCUGGAAACAGAAACAAAAUGAAAAAAAAAGGGGGGGUGGGAGGGGAAGAAAAACUCUAUUUUUGUAAAAAGGGAAAAAAGACCUCGUGGAGAAUUUUUACUGGGGAUUCUUGAACUUGAAAAAAAAAAAACACAAAAAAAGACAAAAAAAAAAUAAGAAAAUAUUUUGGCAGGUUAUGUUUACCAACUGGGGCAGGGGUAGGGAGCAGGGCUUGGGGGCUGGGGGUCCAUGGGGCCACACAGAGAAACACAGCCACACGAAGACACGUGGGGGCAUGCACACACGCACGCGCACACACACACACACACACACCCCACAGGGACACACAGAAGCACUGACAGACCCAGAGACAUGCCCCGGACACCUUCAGGAGCUCGUUGGCUAGAACCAGACGUGCAGGCAUACACGUAGAUAAUCACAGGAGACUGAAGCGGGGGGGCUCCGCAAACGUGGCCACGGUCAAAAACACUGUCAUGGGCAAAUGCGGCCACAGGUGGGUGCAGAAGGUGAACGUUUCCACGUGGACACAUGAGAGCAGACACAGAUACGCACGGACACACAAACCUAGACACCCUGUCAUGGAGAUACAGAUACAACACCCAGGAGACACCGACACACCCAUAGCAUCCCUCAGGCCCAGGCGAGAGGUCGUGGCCCAGAGCCUGGCCCAGUCCACUUCCUCCAGCUAGGCCACCGGGGUCUCUGGACGCACGGCCCCGCUCAGCCCGGCCCCAGGUUCUCUUCAGAGCUCUCUCCUGGCUCAUAGUGGUCCUGCCGCCCACGAACACAGGCGUGCACACACAACAUCCAUGCAUCCAAACACACGAUACCUCGUUUCACUUUUGGCGUCAUGGUGGGCUGGAGGCAGCCCCCCCCCCCAAACACUUGAGGCCAAAGGACCCCCUGUCCCCGGGGCUGAACCUCCCUGGGCCGAGGCCCUGGCCCAGAGGCUGAGGGGGGAGGCUGGGCCCUGAGCCUUCCCCCUCCCCAAGGCCUCCCCAGCAGGAAGUACCCGCUGUUCCCUCCAGGCCCCCACCUCCACCAUGGGGUGGCCAGGCCCAGGGGCCCAGCCCCGAAUUCCCUUCCCCCCCAACCACUUGUCACCCCCUUUCAGUUUGUUGGGUUUUUCCGUCUUUCCAAACUCCUGAGGGCCGGGGAUGCAGCGCCCAUCCCAAGCCCCAGCCCCGGCUUCUGUCUGGAAAGUCCAGACACUUUCCAUUCCCCUAGUUUUCAUUCUUUAUUAAAAAAAAGAAAAAAAGAAAAAAAAAAGAGAAGAAAAAAAGAAAGAAAAAGAAAAAAUUCCAACAGAAGCCGAAGGCCGGAGCCCCUGGGAGCCCUCGCAGCCCCCCACCCCCCUGCAGCGGGCCCAGUCGGAACUGAGAAUUGCAAACCCCGAGUUCAGUCGCCCUUUCUCCGGUGUCCCUGCGUUUGGUGUCUGGCCAUGGCCCCAUCUGACUGCCCAGCUCUCUCUCCCCGACCCCUCCCGGUGUUUGUUAGUAAACGUCUGUGGAGCUUCUGCUGCAAGGAACAAAAAGAAAAAAAAAAAUCAAAAAAGCGACAAAAAAAAAAAAAAACACAAACAGAAGAGGAAAAAAGCGACAAAAGAAGGAAGAAAAAAAAAACACAGAAGAGAUUUUAAAAAAAAAAAAGGAAAAAAAAGACAUAAACUGGCACCAGUUAACUUUCUUGUACUUUUUUGCCGAAUUUAGCUUCUUGUAGUUUUAACUUAUUGCUAUGUUAACUAUUUAUUCUCCUCGUUGCCCUGUAAGGACAUUUGUGUAUAUUUCUGUUCCUUCAUCCAGUUUGCAAGUUUAAAGGAACCACGAUGUUCUCUUUGUUUCUUUAAGUUUUGCUGAGACGUGGUUAUGCCUAAUUUAUUUAUAAAAGGGGAAGUGGAAUCAUUAAAGUAAUAAUAAUUAUUAAUAACAGUAAUGGUAGCCGAGCGGCGCCCGGGGGGCGUGUGCUCUGUGGGGCGGUCCCCGCGGCCAGCGACGUCCGGGGUCUUAAUGGGAUUAUUUUUGCUCGUCUUGAGAAUUUUUUCAGUCCUAUUUAGCUGGUGAAAACCCUAGCUUGUUCUUGAUACACGAACCUAUUUAUUCUUGUGGUUUUUAAGUCCUUCCCAACCUCCCAGCUCCCCUCCAGCAGGGCACGCACCCCCCAGCGGGUCCACCCCUCUCCCUCUGCUGUUUCUUGGGGCUCUCUCCCCUCCGCCCUCCGAGCGCAGGGACACGUGUGCACACGUGGGCAGCGUGCAGGAGGCGUCUGUGAGCAAUAAGGGCUGGGUUUGUCCCCUUCCCUGGGGCAGCCGGGCUCUGCAGAGGGGGCACCUCCCCACACCCCCCCCCCACACACUGAGGCCUAGGCCCCUGACACCCCCAAGUCUGGGAGGGGACUUCUUUUUCUAAAACACAGAACUCAGCCCAGCCAGGCCCCCUCCCCAGAGGCCAGCCCCUCACCCUAGGGGUUGGGGGGGCCUGGGGUCUUCCACAUCCCUGGGGGUCAGGGGCAGGGCCUGUGGGAUGGGGGCUCAGCCCCUCCAGCCCUCCCUUCAUCUUGUUAUUUAUUCAGGAGGUUUCAAAUCACGACAGAGUCCAUGUUGGAGGUGAUAAAGAACUGUAAAAAAAAAAAAAAAAAAAAAAAAAAAGAAGAAAGAAAAAGAAAAAAAAAUCACAAAAACCCAAAACCCAACAAGAACACUUUGCGUUGCGUUUAGACUAUUUAUUACCGGGAUUACAGGCCUGGCCGCGGUAACAGACUUUUACAUGGAAUUGUUUAAUUAUUUGUACUUUUCAUGCCAGAAAAUAAAAGUUCAGAAUCUUA